CUCUGAGUUCUCUCUCCUCUCCCCACCUUCUCUCUCCUCUCCCCACGAACCGCGCCACCUUUUCUGACGCCGCAUCAUCGGCGACUUCAUCGCCGUCGACAAGACGCAUCAAGGCAGUGCCUGCUACUCCCGCCUCCGCAUUCUUGCCCCACGGAGCGUGCUCCUGCUCUCGGCCGCCGUCCUGGUGCUGAACAGCUGACACAGCCGGAGAGAUCCGCCCGGCCUCGGAUCCGUUUCUUCUCCUGCUGGUGCCUUGGUGAUGCUGAUGCGGACUCGGGACUCCUACGGAGAGCUGAGGUGACCUUGUUGAGUGUGCCCUUACCCAGCGCCGCCUGCCUCCGAGCCGAGAUCUCCUCCGCGCACCCCGGCAUUCUCUCUCUCUGUCUCUGGUGCCGACGACCGCGCGGCCGACCCCGCCCUACGCCAGGUGCUCAGGUCUCCAUCUUCGGGACCUUCGCCGGCGACGAGCACCCGCCCAGGUCAACAUCAUGAUGGCUACUUUGGGGAGGAAGAAGCGGCAAGCCGCAACAACCUUCAUCGUGCUUUGCAUCUUGUCAUCCUUCUACAUCUGCAAAGCGCAGUUCACGCCUGCGGACAGCUACCUUGUUGACUGUGGGUCCUCCAAGAGCACAAUGGUUGGCCAGAGGACCUUCACAGCGGAUGGCGCAUCUCCGGUGAAGGUGUCCACCUCCCAGGAUAUACUUGCGGGCACCUCAGCAAACGGGGUGGCCUCUUUUGAUAACUCGGCGCUGUACCAGACUGCCCGGAUCUUCACCGGGCCAUCAUCCUACACUUUCCCUAUCCAGAAGCAGGGCCGGCAUUUCGUCCGGUUUUACUUCUUCCCCUUCACCUACCAGAGCUAUGAUCUUUCACUUGCCAAAUUUACUGUGUCCACCCAAGAUGUUCUCCUGCUUAGUGACUUCCAGCAACCAGACAAGACCGCACCCUUGUUCAAGGAAUACUCACUGAAUAUCACCCGCGACACGCUCGUGAUUUCCUUCAAGCCGUCAAAUGGAAUUGCAUUUGUCAACGCAAUUGAGGUGGUCUCUGUCCCAGAUGAUCUCAUCACCGAUGAUGCACAAAUGGUCAACCCUGUCCAGCAGUACAGUGGUUUGUCUACACAGCCACUGGAGACAGUAUAUCGGGUUAACAUGGGUGGUCCGAAGGUCACUCCUGACAAUGAUACCCUCUCGAGGACCUGGGUGACUGAUCUAAAGUACUUGUUGAACCCAUCUGUGACCAAACAGGUUAAUUAUGGCAAGCGUGUCAACUAUAAGAAGGGUGGAGGUGGAGCUACUCAGCUGUCAGCCCCUGAUAUUGUCUAUGGCACAGCUACAGAGUUGGCAGCGACAAAUACAUCCAAUGCUCUUUUCAACAUGACAUGGCAGUUUGAUGUGGAUGCUGGCUUCAGCUAUUUGGUAAGGUUUCACUUCUGUGAUAUUGUCAGCAAGGCACUUAACCAGCUCUACUUCAAUGCAUAUGUUGGAGGCUUUUAUGCACAGAAUAAUCUUGAUCUGUCAGCAAUGUCUGAUAGUCAGUUAGCUACACCUAUAUAUAUAGAUGUGGUUCUUUCAUCUAAUGAUGCAUCCAGCAAACUUAGCAUCAGCAUUGGCCCAUCGGUCUUGAACAAUGUAUUGCCCGACGGGAUUCUGAAUGGGCUUGAGGUUAUGAAGAUAAGUACCGGAGGUUCUGCUUUCACUGUCGGGUCUGGCAGUGGAAACAAAAAAUGGGGUGUGAUUCUUGGCGCAGCCCUCGGAGGUGUUGGACUGUUUAUAAUUGUUGUUGUUCUUGUACUUCUUUGCCGGAGGAAAAAGACCCUGGAAAAGCAGCAUUCAAAGACCUGGAUGCCUUUCUCUAUCAAUGGGCUCACCUCUCUCAGCACAGGAAGCAGAACGUCUUAUGGUACUACUCUCACAUCAGGGCUGAAUGGAAGCUAUGGAUACCGUUUUGCCUUCAGUGUGCUCCAAGAAGCAACAAACAAUUUCGACGAGAACUGGGUCAUUGGAGUUGGAGGCUUUGGAAAGGUCUACAAGGGGGUGAUGAGGGAUGAGAGCAAGGUUGCAGUGAAGCGUGGAAACCCAAAGUCUCAGCAAGGUCUCAACGAGUUCCGUACAGAGAUUGAGCUCCUCUCACGUCUGCGCCACCGCCAUUUGGUGUCUCUGAUUGGGUACUGUGAUGAAAGGAACGAAAUGAUCCUGGUCUACGAGUACAUGGAGAAAGGCACUCUCAAGAGCCAUCUCUAUGGCUCCGAUAACCCCUCGCUCAAUUGGAAGCAGAGGCUGGAGGUUUGCAUCGGAGCAGCAAGGGGGUUGCACUACCUUCACACUGGAUCUGCGAAGGCCAUCAUCCAUCGUGAUGUCAAGUCCGCAAACAUCUUGCUCGACGAGAACCUCCUCGCCAAGGUCGCUGACUUUGGGCUAUCCAAGACUGGGCCUGAGCUCGACCAAACUCAUGUCAGCACUGCAGUGAAGGGCAGCUUCGGGUACCUCGAUCCUGAAUAUUUCCGGAGGCAGCAGCUGACCGAGAAGUCGGAUGUCUACUCUUUCGGUGUUGUUUUGCUUGAGGUUCUUUGUGCAAGGCCAGUGAUCGACCCCACGCUGCCGAGGGAGAUGGUGAACCUGGCCGAGUGGGGGAUGAAGUGGCAGAAGAGAGGAGAGCUGCACCAGAUCAUCGAUCAGAGGAUCUCGGGCACAAUCAGGCCGGACUCUCUGAGGAAGUUUGGCGAGACCGUGGAGAAGUGCCUGGCAGACUACGGCGUGGAGCGGCCGUCGAUGGGAGACGUCCUCUGGAACCUGGAGUACGUUCUGCAGCUUCAGGACGCCGAUUCGACGGUCUCGGAUGUGAACAGCAUGAACCGUAUCGUGGAACUCCCGUCACAGGUCCAGAACGUCGGGGCCCUCGAGAGCAUCAGCGUGACGAUGGCAGAAGCCGGAGCGUCAAACGAGCCUGACCACGACCUCUCCGAUGUGUCCAUGAGCCGCGUCUUCUCUCAGCUGAUCAAGGCCGAGGGGAGGUAAAUGUGCGUGACGCAGCCUGUAGGGUGUGGGUGGUGGGGAGGAAGCCUUCAAAGUCAUCUCUUGCUGAAGUUUACGUGAGAGAGAUCAUGUGUGAUUUUUUUUCUUCUUUUCGUCUACAAAUGUACUACUGAAGUGAACUAUGGUUUCGAGUUACAGUUUUAGCC